AUGAUUCCCAUGUUGAUCAAGACAAGUGCUCCUCCAAUUGUGAUUGCAAUGAGUAUGCCUAUAGUCACUUGUUAUCUCUUGACUUGUGUAUGA